CCGGCGCCGAUGCCUCCUGCAGGGGCCGGGCAGGGAAGAUGGCGCCGUCCCACGUCCUCAAGUGCUGCCAGCGCGUGCUGGCCUGGGUGCCCGUGGCCUUCAUCGCCCUGGUCGUGGCCUGGUCCUACUACGCCUACGUGGUGGAGCUGUGCGUGUUUACUAUUACUUCAGCUGGAGAAAAAGUUGUCUACCUUGUGGUUUUUCAUCUGUCGUUUGUCAUGUUUGUAUGGUCCUAUUGGAAGACAAUUUUUACACCUCCCGCUUCCCCCUCCAAUGAGUUUUGCUUGUCAAAAGCUGAUAAAGAACAAUACGAAAGAGAAGAGAGACCAGAAUCCCAGCAAGAAAUUUUGCGAAGAGCUGCUAAAGACUUGCCUAUCUAUACCACAACAGCAUCAAGGGCCAUCAGAUACUGUGAUCGAUGCCAACUCAUCAAACCUGAUCGCUGUCACCACUGUUCUGCAUGUGAUGUAUGUGUACUAAAAAUGGACCAUCAUUGUCCUUGGGUGAAUAACUGCGUGGGAUUUUCUAACUACAAAUUCUUCCUCCUGUUUUUAAUGUACUCCUUACUAUACUGUCUGUUCGUUGCUGCUACAGUCUUGCAGUACUUUAUAAAGUUUUGGACAAAUGAACUGCCAGACACACAGGCGAAAUUCCAUGUACUUUUCCUUUUCUUUGUGGCUGCCAUGUUCUUCAUCAGCAUACUAUCACUUUUCAGCUACCACUGCUGGCUAGUUGGCAAAAACAGAUCAACAAUAGAAGCUUUUCGUGCACCCACAUUUCGAAAUGGCCCUGACAAAAAUGGCUUCUCCCUUGGAUGCAGUAAAAAUCUGAGAGAGGUUUUUGGAGACGAAACAAAGUAUUGGUUGCUACCUAUUUUUACAAGCUUGGGUGAUGGCUGUAGUUUUCCAACUCGCCUGGUGAUAAUGGAUCCAGAGCAACUUACUGUCUCAAGCCAAAAUGAACCUGCCAAAAGCUCUGGAACCAGUCAGCCCUUUCCUGCUAAGCCACUCAGCGAGUCACAGAAUCGAUUGCUGGCCAGUGAAAGUCAGUGGGCGGAAAGUGGCUCUGAAGAAGAAAAUGUUAAAUCAGGUGCAAAAAAGCAUAUUAUAGUUUCAAUGGAAAGCUGAUCUUAACCUGUUACUGGCCAACUAUCUCAAUGAGAAGCGGUUUUUGCAACACAUUUGCGCUUGAAUAUUAAUUUUGUUCAGAAGAUGUCCAGUAAAAUGGAACAGUGCACACAUGAUAAAAGAUACAUGAAAAAAUGAGUUUUUGUACAGUACAAUGGAUGCUUGUAAGCACUACUGCAGAGCAGGGAAGUAAGACAGAUGCCUUAAUGUGUGUUUAUGCAACAUUGAAUUCUGUAAUGCUACCAGAGGGUCAAAUCCUGAAGUAUCCUGUAUGGAUGCCCAUGGCCCAAACAGAGUGGACACUAUACAUUUCUCCUAUGCUCUGAUGGUGGGGAUGGAUCCGCAGAAAACUCAAGCAGACCCCAUCCCGCUGUGCACUGCAGAAGCUACUUCCACAGCAAGUCUGCAGCAUGCCAAGGAAGGGAAAAGUAGAUGUGUUGUCCACAAACAGGCCAGUGAGUCUGCACAAUGUAGAUACAUGUGGCCCAAACACUGGGUGGGAGGAGAACAGGAUGGUGUAUCCUUUCCUCUUCCUAGUACCCAGCAGCAGCUGGUCACAAGCUGCCUACCCAUUACCCUGGUUCUGUAACCCUCAUGGGGCUUGAAAUUUGUCCUUUUAGCUGUUCUUUGUUGCAGCACAAUGCCAAGCAGGUAAAGCCUCUCUACUUGGGCUUUGCUUGUUUGAUUUAGGAUUGGGCCCUUAGUCAUUUUCAUUUAAUUUUGUUAAUUGUAUUAGGAAUGUAACUUAAGCUGCAUACAUGUGAUCAGGGGUUUCUGUGGUAGAAAAACUUACUCAAAGACCCUGAACAGACAUUCCAAUGCAGAGUCGCUGAGCAGCCAAGGAACCCUUGUGCACACAUCUUAGGCUCCCCAGUCUACCUGGUGACAAAUAACAACAGUGCAUAGGGCAACCUUGAUUGAGAGACCCAAAUUGUCGUGUAGGCUGCAUCUGAGUGCAGCUGCUUGGCUGGAGCAGUAGAAUUCAGCCUGAGUGACGCACUGUUUCCCUGGACCCAUGGGGCUGGGAACAAAGCACAUUGGAAUACUGGAAGAUCCUACAGCUGGAGCUUCUCUUCAAAGGUACAUGUACAGAAGUUCACUCUCACAAGAUAAACUCCCAGGAGUUUAUUUAACCAUGGUUGUUCCCAGUUUAUUUUUCUCUUAGAGCAACCAUUUUUGCUGAGAGAGAAAAAACCUCAAUGUUUAUACUCCUGAUUUCUGCUGGGAGAGAGAAGUGGCUCUCCGUUUAGAAACUGAAUGUCUGUACAUGGCUUUAGUCACAUGAAUUUUCUUUUAGACCUAUUUUACCUAGAUAAUAAUACUACUUGCCUCUCAACACAAAGAGUUUGCCAAUCCAAAAUGAACUAACAAACCAGCUUAUUUUUCUCUGGUGGGUGCAGAAUGGUCUUGCAAGCCAGUAAUAGAAGGGCAAGAUACUAGUAGCAGCAGAAACUGGAUUGCAGUUGUGUAGUGUACUGAAAAACAGAACUGGAGAAGAAUACUGCUUUAUAUAUUGGACUAUUGCUAGUUUGUGAACACUUGUUUUAUACUUUUUGUUUUACCUUUUUAAAUAAAAACAAAGGGUUUUUUAUUGUUGGUUCUAAAGUACCAUUUACAUGGAGUUUGAAUAUCUGAUGAAACUUAAAUGACGAAUCAUACAUGUAUUUAAUCCACUGAAAGUUCGUUGUGUGCCAUGCUCUGUUAUUUUAACUUCUAUUUUAAGUGAUGGCAACUGAAAAAGCUGAACUUGGUGCUUUAUGAAAUGCCAUACUUCAUAAAAGAUGAGAUUUUUCUUACAUGGGGAAUAAAGUUCAUCUAAAGCUCAAGACCUGCAGUAAACCAAACACACCCACAUAUCUUAUUUUUGGAUAGAAAAGCUAGUGCUAGAUAUUUUGCAGUGGUCUGGAAACUGCAGUCAGCAACAUUUUUACAAAUACUCCUUUCCUUUCCAUUUCUUCUCUAAUAUAUGGUGAACCAGUGCCAUAGCCCUCUUAAAACUGACUGGAAGGCAGGUGAGUUGCUGAUCAGAGAGAACAAUGCUGAAGGAACCUACCUAUUGAGUUAACUUCCUGAAUUGGUUACUUCUAUGGCUAAUUGCAUCUAGAUCCAUAUGGAUAUAGAUAUAUGCAUAUUUAAGUUAAUGUACAGCAGAGUUUUGCCUUUGAAAAAAACCUCAAAUCACCUCUGAAGUUUAAAAUUGUAUAUCUUCCUUAAAAAUGCUCCUUAAGAAGGAGAGAAUAAUUUUGAGCCUACAAAUGUUCCUGUGAAAUUAAUGGUCCAAUUUGAAACUUUUAUAAACUUCGCAGUGUGUUGCAGCAAACUUUUUCCUUGUAUACAAGGGAACAUCUGCCAAGUUCAGCAUCUACAAGAACAUCAGUAUGUCUUCCCUUAAACUACUUUUUUUCUCUCCCUCAAAUAUUGUGUCCAUCUCAUCAGAGAUUGGCAAUCUCUGCCUACCUGAAAAGAAGAAAACAGCCUCCAGAUUUUAGUUAUGUCAGCAUGUUGAGCUUGGAAAGUUACAGCCUCAGGAGCCCCUCCACUAAGAUACCUUUUGGCAUGGGAUGUCUGUACUGGGUUGAGAAACAUGAGACUUCGAUUUCAACGCACCUCUUGUACCAACUGGUGCGAAGGCUGAGAUUGUGCUCGAGAGUUUUAUAAUUCUGCAGGAAAUCCUGCAUUUACCUGACCUGGUCACUUCUGUCUUAGGAAGAGGUAACUGAAGAACUGGGGAGGUUGCACAGGCUAAUUUCUGGCAAAGUUGGGAACAGAACCCAAAUCUGUACUAUAGCAAAGCUUCCUACUCGCCAGUACUGCCUGAUUCUAAGGACUGGCCUGAACACCAUCCUGCUUGGACUGUUCAGUUUAUACCAGCAUAAAUAUGUCCAUCUGUGCAAGAGUUUAGCAGCAGUUUAACUGAAGUCAUCAGCUAUCAGAACACCACUGAAGCAUGUACUCAGUAAUCUGAACACAAGACCUGCCACCAGCCUGCCUGGUGUGCAAUACGUGCCAGAGCAAUGGCAACUAAAAGAGAAGUUUUUUAACAGUUGUUUCAGUUUGUUUGUUUUCCUGAAUCAACAAACUGAAGGAAAACAAAGCUGUUACUUCAAGGUCAUAUUCUAGAGCAGGGCUGUCCAGCUCAUUUGGGUUGGUAGGCCAGAUCCAGACUGGCGAUUCUUGUGGCCAGUCUACCCCCAGCAGCAGAGCAUGCAGCUGUGGCAUUAAAUCUUGUGUACUGACCAUGCCCCCACCACUUGC